CUGAGGACCCAUGCCAUGCCAGUAUAUGUAGUCUUCUGAGCUCUUGCAGUGGCAGAAUAGAGGCUUCGAGUCCAGGGACCACCCAUAAGUAAAUAAAUGUGAAAUACACUAAUGUGUAUUAGUGUUGCUAAUCCACUCCAGUCAGGUGGGUUGUGGAGGACAGAUCUAGGAUUUAAUCAGAGACCAGGAUUACAGGGUGUGUCCUCAGAGGGAGGGGACAAGUAGGUGUUGAUGACUAGCCACCCUCACACACACAGCAUUCCUUCAUCCGUCACCUUACAUAUACACAGCAUUCCUUCAUCCGUCACCUUACGUGCAUGUACACAACGUGCACUCUGCCGUUAAAAGCCCUUGAGCACUGGAAUCUUAUUUUUGACUAGAGAGAGUGGAAAACAAAAGAGAGAUACUUAAGGACUCGUAAAAGCCCUGAAGCACUGAUUGAGAAUGGGAAACAGAGAGGAGGUAGUGUGCAGGCUCGCUCCUAUCUCCAGCACCACCAGCCAUUUUCUACCCCACACGCGGCUGAAGAGGCUGAAGCUCCGAACCACCCACAGCUCCUUCAGUAGGCUGGGAUCCAAAUCAACCUCCCACCUUACCGACAGGAGCCCCAGUCCCUCCGAGAUGAACGGUGAGCCCUGGGCCAGGCCAAGAUACCAGGACCAAGCUGCAGCUGAACAUUGUAUAGCAUCCCACCAGGAACAACAACAGCACCCUGACAAACUGUGUCUGGAUUCCUUCUGGAGCGAGGUGGAGACGAUACGUAGCCAGGGAAGUGGAUACACUGACCUUGACACUGACAGUGCCAGACGAGACUCCAGACACUCUGAAGAGGGGGAGCAGGAAGAACGGUGGCUGCAGGAUGCCGGUCUCUCCACUCUGAUCAGGCACCAGCAGCAGAGACCAGACAGAGACAGGGACAGAGACACAGACAGUGAGGACCAGGAUGUUGACCAGGCCAUACUGCUGUCCACUCUGACCCGUACGCAGGCCGCUGCCGUCCAGAGGAGACUGGACUCCUACACACUGUCCCUGAGGAAGAGGAGCAAACCCCAGCCACGUGACGUCAGGGACGUCUUCAGCUCAUCACAAUACUCUAUUGCUCAGACACCUCUACCGGAGUGUCAAGACCCUGAGCCUAUAGAGCCUAAAUCAUCUCUACUGGAGUGUCAAGACCCUGAGCCUAUAGAGCCUAAAUCAUCUCUACUGGAGUGUCAAGACCCUGAGCCUAUAGAGCCUAAAUCAUCUCUACUGGAGUGUAAAGACCCUGAGCCUAUAGAGCCUAAAUCAUCUCUACUGGAGUGUCAAGACCCUGAGCCUAUAGAGCCUAAAUCAUCUCUACUGGAGUGUCAAGACCCUGAGCCUACGGAGCCUAAAUCAUCUCUACUGGAGUGUCAAGACCCUGAGCCUAUAGAGCCUAAAUCAUCUCUACUGGAGUGUCAAGACCCUGAGCCUAUAGAGCCUAAAUCAUCUCUACUGGAGUGUCAAGACCCUGAGCCUAUAGAGCCUAAAUCAUCUCUACUGGAGUGUCAAGACCCUGAGCCUAUAGAGCCUAAAUCAUCUCUACUGGAGUGUAAAGACCCUGAGCCUAUAGAGCCUAAAUCAUCUCUACUGGAGUGUCAAGACCCUGAGCCUAUAGAGCCUAAAUCAUCUCUACUGGAGUGUCAAGACCCUGAGCCUAUAGAGCCUAAAUCAUCUCUACUGGAGUGUCAAGACCCUGAGCCUACGGAGCCUAAAUCAUCUCUACUGGAGUGUCAAGACCCUGAGCCUAUAGAGCCUAAAUCAUCUCUACUGGAGUGUCAAGACCCUGAGCCUAUAGAGCCUAAAUCAUCUCUACUGGAUGACAGUAUGGAGACCAUCAACAAGACACCACUGCAAGAGGUCAGCUUGCACCAGCAGAAGAAGCAUGGAGGAGCCCCUAAAGAGGAGAUUUUCAUCACAGAUGUGGCCUACUGCGAACAGGCGGCCAUCUUGAUAAAACAGGCUAAGCUGCCUCAGAUAAAGAACAGCUGCAAGAGGAAGGAGGACGGCACACUGCCUAGGGUGAUCUGCCCCCAGUGUCGUCUGGGAGUUACUCGUAUCCAGGACCUGUCCAACCAGGACAUGAAAAAGGUACGUCAGCUGGCCCUGAUCGACAUGACAGCGCUCUGUGACCUGCUGGAGCUCGACGUUAAACGGCACAAGACCUGCAAGAGGAAGAUCCCAGAGAGCGCCCUGUUUGGGGUUCCACUGGCCACCCUGUUGGAGAAUGACCAGAAAGUCAAGCCCACUGCUACCACUCCUCUCAUCCUGCAGGCGCUGCUGUGGUUCCUGGAGAAGAGGGGAGUAGACUCAGAGGGUAUUCUGCGGGUUUCAGGCUCUCAGUCCAGAAUCAAGAAGCUGCAGCAGGACUUGGAGCAGAACUUCUACUCUGGAGGGUUCAGCUGGGACGAGGUCAGUCCUAACGAUGUUGCUGCCCUGUUGAAGAGGUUUAUCAGAGAACUACCCUCUCCACUUCUCACCGCGGAGCACCUCAACACCUUCAGUGCUGCCAGGGACAUCCCUGAGCUGAAACAGAAGCUACACGUUCUGAACCUCCUCAUCCUCCUACUGCCUGAACCCAACAGGAACACACUCAAGGCUCUGUUGGAGUUCCUUUCCAAGGUAGUUUCCAGAGAGAGGAGGAACCGUAUGAACCUGUGGGCAGUGGCCACCAUCAUGGCCCCCAACCUGUUCCUGUUCCUCCACAAGGCCGUACCCUCCCGCCUCACUGACGGGGGUCCAGGGGUGGAGAAAGGACAUACUGACAAGGCCCCCAACCUGUUACUCCACAAGGCUGUACCCUCCCGCCUCACUGACUGGGGGCCAGGGGAGGAGAAAGGACAUGCUGAGAAGGCUGCUGACAUCAUGAGGCUACUCAUACGCUACCAGGACCUGCUCUGGACCAUCCCUAACUUCCUGAUGAGCCAGGUGCGUAAGCUGAAUGAGAACAGUAACCGAAGGUACCAGUUCUGCGAUCGCCGCAUCAAGAACCUGCUGAGGAAAAUUCACCAGGACCGCAAGGGUAAACCUGACAAGAACUCCUCCGAGCCAUGUCGUACAGUAAAGAUCCAGGUGGGAGAACUGAUGAGCAGCACCAUGGAGGUCAAGGUCAACAUAAACUCCAGAGCAUCAGACCUGCUGGCUCAGUUCUACAGGCACCUCUACAGCUCUGACAACACCAAGGGCCUGCUCAAGAGGAAUGGUUUGGUAAAUGAUUUGGGAUCCUACCCAGACUGUGCCAUGUAUGAAGUUGGAGGAAAUAUUGGUGAGCACUGCCUGGAUCCAGAGGCCUAUCUCCUGGACCUGUACAACAACAACCCCAGUGGAGAGUGGGUCAUCAAACAGAAACCACUGACCACCAGUAGGGGACUGCAGAUAUAAGACAGGGACAGGAGGAGGGAGAGACCAGCAGGGGGCUUCAAGAGCCAGCCAGAGGAGGGGAGACCAGCAGGGGGCUUCAAGAGCCAGCCAGAGGAGGGGAGACCAGCAGGGGGCUUCAAGAGCCAGCCAGAGGAGGGGAGACCAGCAGGGGGCUUCAACAGCCAGCCAGAGGAGGGGAGACCAGCAGGGGGCUUCAAGAGCCAGCCAGAGGAGGGGAGACCAGGUGGAGUGGAGGAGAAGAGGAUGAUGCCACCACAAAACAUCUCAAGACUGAGCCCUCUGUCUCCCAAAUGCGGGGUAGACCAGACUUGGAGAAGUAAAGCAGCUACUGCUGAAAAACACACCACCUCCAGACUUCAGGUGGAGGAGUGGCUGAGCUUGUGUCUGAGGCUGCUUCCUGGCUUGUCAGCUAAGCUCUCAGGCUCUCAGCCAAUCACUUCCCAGCAUCUGCAGAAGCCCAGAUGGGGAUCUGAUACAGCUGCCACUGAGUCUCUCUAUCUUUCUUUCUUUCCCUCUCUCUCUCUCUCUCUCUCUCCAUUCCUUCUGCUCAGGCCAUUUGAUCACAAAGUAAUGAGAGAGGAACAUGCACAGUUUCUCUAUUCCUUGUUUGUCUAUUUCUUUAAUGUCAGGGACAGUCAGGUACUCUGAUGAACUGAUGUAAGGGACAGGGACUCUUAGGUCCCUGUCCCUGAUGGCUCUUGGCCUCUGCUGGCUCUAUAAGAGGCCCUAAACACAGGGGACAGAGGGCAUAGUUCUCUCUGAGGGAUCAAAGGUCAACCUCUAAGACAUGAUUAUUGGGAACUGUUGUUGAAGACAGAUAGUGAAGCUGGACUUCAACCUUUCUGUUAGUUUUUUUGUUUUUGAAGGAUUUUAUGAAGUAUUGAAUAUCACGAUGGAUUGACUAUUUAUAAUUGGUUGGAUGUAUCUGUAUGUAAGUAGUCAUUAAUGUUUUCCUUUUGAAAUGGUUCAAUAGGUGAUUCUGAUCGUAACAGUCAUGUAAGCUCAUCCACUCUUUUCGGGGACUUUUUUCAGACAGUGUUCUUAUUCUUGUAAACGUUUUGAUCAGUUGUA